AUGAAUGAAUUGACGACUCUUUUCACGUUCCGUCGCGCUGCUGCAAGAUCUUUACCGACUCGCACCUUGUUUGGGAAGAAUUCGUUUACCGCGCAACGCCGCACAUUUAAUUUGGUUCCGGCAAGAAAAAGUUCCGUUUCCUCUACACCAGAAACCGAUCAACCUCAAUGGACAUCCGAGUCUGUUCGUCUUGGAGUGAUUGCAAGAAAAGAGGGCAUGAGAGCAAUAUGGGAUGAAUGGGGCGUCCGAGUUCCUGUGACCGUACUAAAAGUGAAACAUAAUGAAAAAGACUACAAACCCGGGUUAGUUGCUGUAGAAGUUGGAUGUACAGACAUGAAAAAGAAUGUCACUAAAGCUUUGUUGGGCCAUCAUGAGAAACACGGUGUGCCGCCAAAGCAUAAAAGGAUGACGUUUUGGAUCACCAAAGAUGCCGUGUUACCUCCCGGCACCGAGCUAAGAUCUGCACACUUUGUCCCCGGACAAUAUGUUGACGUGCAAGCAAAAACAAUUGGGAAAGGUUUCGCGGGUGUGAUGAAACGUUGGGGUUUUGCAGGUGCUCCCGCAUCUCAUGGUACAUCCUUAGUUCAUAGACAUGCUGGAUCUACCGGAGCGCGGCAGGAUCCUGGCAGAGUUUUCAAGGGAAAGAAGAUGGCUGGGAGAAUGGGCGGAAAAAAACAUUCUGUGCAAAAUCUUAAAGUUGUAAAAAUAGAUAAUACGCUCAAUCUCAUAUACGUCAAGGGACACGUUCCCGGUUUUGAUCGUCAGUUCGUCAGGGUCAGGGACGCUGUGCGUCAAAAGAAGUCUAAACUUUUUCCAAAAGACUGCAUACCGCCACCGUUUCCGACUAUUGAUCCGAAAUUAUUGGCUACCAUGCCAAGAGAAUUGAUAGCAAAAACUGGUGGUAGUGAUCCUUUAAUUAUUAAAGAUCGUUAA